AUGUCGUCGCUCUUUGGUGGGGUUGCCACGCCGUCAACCACGGCUGGUCAGACGAACACCACAGGGGACAUCUCCAAAGAUGUCGCCCUCAAUACACCCCCCGAUGACAGUAUCUCGGAUCUCCGCUUCUCGCCCGCCAGUGAGCAUCUCGCCGUCGCGUCGUGGGACAAGAAGGUUCGCAUAUACGAGAUCAACGAGCAGGGCCAGAGUGAAGGGAAAGCCCUGUUCGAGCACGAAGCCCCUGUGCUGAACUGUUGCUGGUCACCUGAUGGUACGAAAGUGAUCGGAGCUGGUGCCGACAAAGCCGCCCGCAUGCUGGAUCUUGCGGCCAAUGCGACCACCCCCGUCCAGGUCGCCGCUCACGAUGCGCCCAUCAAAUGCUGCCAUAUGAUUCCUAACCCGGCUGGGAACAGCCCGCUUCUCAUCACCGGCUCCUGGGACAAGACGGUCAAGUACUGGGAUCUCAGACAAUCCACGCCCAUCGCGGCCGUAGAGUGCCAAGAGCGCGUCUACACCAUGGAUGUCAAGAACAAGCUCCUCGUGGUUGGCACGGCAGACCGGUACAUCAACAUCAUCAAUCUCGACAAUCCCACCAAGUUCUACAAGACCAUGCAGUCCCCCCUCAAAUGGCAGACACGGGUAGUCAGCUGCUUCGCCGACGCCACCGGGUUUGCUGUCGGUAGUGUCGAGGGCCGCUGUGCUAUCCAGUAUGUUGAGGAGAAAGACUCCAGUUCCAACUUCAGUUUUAAGUGUCACCGUGAAACCCCUCCUAGCCAGCGGGACAUCAACAACAUCUACUCCGUCAAUUCCAUCUCCUUCCACCCUGUACAUGGCACCUUUAGCACCGCCGGCAGUGACGGCACGUUCCACUUCUGGGACAAGGACGCCAAGCACCGUUUAAAGGGAUAUCCCUCCGUGGGCGGCACUAUCUCCAGCACCGCUUUCAACCGCAACGGAAACAUCUUCGCGUACGCCGUGAGCUACGACUGGAGCAAGGGGUAUUCCGCCAACACCCAGCAACUGCCCAAUAAGGUUAUGCUACACCCCGUGGGUCCCGAGGAAGUGAAGCCCAGACCGGGCACCAGAAAGAGGUAAUAGAAUGUUUUCGAGGAUCGGUGAAAAUAGGGGCGUCGUUGGGGCCAGCCUAGAUCGGUGUAGGGAUUGAUUUUAUUACACGCUCGACGACCCAUAUAUGGAUUGGCUAGUCAUGGUCUGAUUGUCAGUUUCAGUUUUGUCUUGCCUCUUCUUCUUUUCUUUUCUUUUCUUUUUUUCUACAACUUCUCAUGUACCCUUUUAUCAUUGUUCUCUGGGAAUGCAUAUGAGCGAUUCAUUUUAGGCCUAUGACCUUUCAGUUUCUCCGGUGGUUACAGGGCGCGGUUGUUUCUAACUGAGGAGAAGAGGACGCGCGUGGGCUUGCUUGCUGUAAACGGUAAGUAGUGAGGGAAAUGACUCCUUGGUCAUUGAUGAAGUUCUUGUCCGGUCCGUGGUCUGGAAGCUAUAGAAAGGUCUUGGGACAUAUAUAUGUAACAGUGAACCAUCACCGAAGAUCGUACGUAGUAGUUUGAG